AGGAUCAUGAGCUGUAUUUAUCAUUGACUCUAGCGUACUCGCGGUAUGGAUGUGUGUGAACAACUCGAAAAAUAUGAUAGAGACUGUAGUGCUUCGCCAAACGCUGCCACUCCCACCGAGAAGAGUUCUGAGGGUGACUACCCAACCGAAGAAACUGAACAGCUGGGCUCCGUUACACUUAGCCAGGAGUCUGAUGGAACACCCACAGGUCUGCAGAUACGGUCCAGUGCGCGAGUAUCAAAGAAGAUGCGACUUGAUUCCAUUCCGCAGUCAGUUCCUGUUGUCUCUGUGGCGCCUGUUUCUGUACCUUCUGCUUCUGCUGUCGCUGUCGAAAAGAAAGCUAUGUCGACAAAUGUCACAGAUCAAAGUAAAGAUGAUGAUAAGCAAGAUGGUAAACAGACCACAGAGCCGAAACCAAAACGGAAACCAUCUGAACUGUGGUCACCUGAAGAUAAGAAUACUUUUUUUGAAGCACUCAAUGAAUAUGGAAAGGAUUUUGAUGCUAUCCAAAAUUACUUUGCUAUGAAAGCAAGGAAACGAGGAAAUCCUGAACUAGCUAAGAACAAGGACCAAGCAAGACAUUUUUAUUAUCGAACAUGGCAUAAGGUUUCAAAACAUCUGAAAUUCCCUGAAGGAAUUCAAAAAGUGACUCAGGAACUUUAUGCUCUCAUUAACUAUGGAGAGAUGCGCAAAAAGUUAAGUUGCAUUACUGAGAAGACAUCUGUGAAAUUGAAUGAGCUAAUUAGCAAAGGUCACACCCUGAUACGGCUCCGUGGAAAGACAAUUCGUAUCCGCACUCCACUGUGCCGAGCUCUGCGCAGGCUUAAUCAUCUUGAUGAACUUCAGGAUGAGUUGAAAUUGCCUAACCGUGUGAUAGUGGAGUUACGUCCUCGUGACAGCAAAUCGUGGGCCCGUGUGCAGUCUGUUGCACAAAACCCUCGGGCUCGCACUAGUUUGCCUCUUCAAAGACGUCUCUCCACGCUAGUCAACUACCUUCAGUAUAGGUGGCGACCAGAACAUUUGAAGCAUAGAGAUCGUCUUCUCUCUUCAGUUAAUGCAGAAGAACUAUCACAGCCAGUUGCAGAUUAUUGCAAAGAAGAAGAACCUCUACUGAGGUUGGCACCUCCACCAGAAACAGUUAUCAGCACUCCUUCCAUAAACCUCAGUGAAUAUUUGACGUCUUCAAUACUCUGCCUCAGUGCCUAUGAGGAACGCCUAGCUAACUGGCCUUCGGAUCCGGCUACAGUAAAGACUGCUGGUGGUACAAAGAAGGCAGCAAAGCGAAAUACAAAACAAAAGGAUGUGGCUCCAGUCGUUUCAAAUGCUGCUAAUCAAUCUGAAGAAAGGCAGUUGGCAUCUGUAUCAAAUCCUGACCCAGCAGGCAUACAUGAUGAGAAUGCCUGUGAUGUCGACAGUGGACAUGAUUCACCUGCACCCAGUAGCCCCACACACAUGGCUAUUAACAAUAUUCUCUCAUUGCAGCAAGAGGGAAGCCCAUUGGCUGCGCAUAGUCCAUCACAGCCAAGUGAUAAAAGCAAUGUAUUCACCGAGGCAACAGAUGCAGAUGUCAUGGAGUGUUCGCCACCAGCUGAGCAACUUGAUAACAAAGAAGACCUCUCCAAAGUAAUAGAAAGUAUGUCUGAUGUAAGCUCUCAGAAAGAUUGCAAUGCUGCAGUGGGAGAGCAGACAGAGUCCAAAGAGGAUUCCUCCAAAGCCACAAUAGAAAAAGUUCGGGAAGGAUGGACACAGAAGGAUGCUCAUGCUGUUACUAUAGGAGAACUUUACCUAAUGUUUGGCAGUGAAGGUAAAAUACAGUUGGAGUACUGGUGGGAGGAAUCCACACCUUAUGUAAAGGUUGAACCUGCUACUGAAGUGGAAAGUGCAGUACAGUCUUCCAUAUCUGCAGGAAGUCCAGUGACACUAAUCUUACAGAAACUUCUGUCGAUUGCAAAAUUGAACUACAAGAAGAGUAAGGUAGCAUGCCCCUGUGGACAUAUAUGUGGUCUCCCAAACAAACUGCCAACAGUAACUAAGACAAGGUUGCCACAGAAGACGAGACCUGUUGUAACUACUCCCGUUGACAGUGCAGAGCAAAAACACAGUACAGGGUUGUUGGUACCUGAAGCAAGUGUGUCAAGGCAUCACCUGCUUGCAACUACAGCAGGUGUGACCAGCUUGCACGAUGGCGUUUUCCGCAGACCACUGUUGGCACCAUCACGAUACAGAAUGCUGCCAAAGCACGGCUCGGGUCUUGUAGAUACCAAACCUCAAUUAGAAAAAUUUCAAUUACGAUAUUGCAAUCGUCGAGGGAGGUCAGUUCGCCCCAAAAACGUGGUGGUACAACGUAUGCUUCCACUGCUACCAAAGGCUCCAAGUGGUCAUUCUGUGGUAACUCUAAAUGUCAUACAGCAAACCAGUCAAUUACCUGGUGAAUUUUUGCCUUUCACUACAACAACACCCACGACUGCAGUUCAACAUUCUACGUGUCAUCCUGUCCUCCUCAAGCCACAACCACAACAGACAGAAACAGUGUGCUUGCCUGAUCUCACAGCUGCAACGGUUCCAGUUACUGCAGUUACCACACCAGCAAGCACAGCAGACAUGUGUGCAGCCCUCCCUGUGGAACCUACAGUUCUGUCAGCAGAGCCCACUCCAAACACAGAUGAUUUGUCAGGUCUGUUGAGUCUUGAUCUCUCAACACCACCUCCAACACCAGUACCUGUUUCUGCAUCAUCACCUCUUAUAACAAUUGCAGAUGGUAUUGACAUAGCAAAGAAUGAUCAUCAGUUGUCACCAGCUACUACUGCAUUACCUAAUGGAUUUUCUGAUGAGUGUGAUCCCACUGCACCCACUGGCUUUGGGGGUGGCCUGCUUCCGGCAGAUGAUGUCUUGGAGACGUCUUCAACAAGAUCACUGCCCAGUCCCACAAGGAUCCUUAAGGAGGAUGACAACCAAUGGCUUAAUUCUGAGGUUGCUGAUUUCUCUUUGAGCAGUUUUCUUGGCCACCUAGAAUCUCCAAUGAAGAAUCCAUGUGUUGGAACAGUUGUUCCAGUUGGAGAAGAAUCACGUAUGUCAUCAGAUGUGGAAGCACAGUUGCAGUGUUUGAUGAGUGAGAAUAGUGUGGAUUACAUGGCAAAGUUUGCUGACCUGGCUGCUCAGAUAGCAUCUGAUGGAGCUGUUAGUAAAAAAUAAAUGUCUCUGUUAAAGUUGCACAAACUAAUGUAAGCGGAUGACAAGUGUGCCAGAAGAAACUUUGCUUCAGAAAGUUAAAGCGUGUGCUCUUAAGUGUCCCAUUCAUCACAAAGUGCCCAUGCUUAAUUUAUUCUCUCUUCGCACUACUUAUCCGAGGUGUGUGUGUGUGUGUGUGUGUGUGUGUGUGAUUUUUGAGUUAUUUGUUUCAGUGAAAAAAGGAAUUGUCUGUGUGAAUUUAAAUGUAAGUGCAUCAAAAUCGUGUAGAAGCAGAAGCGCGUUUUUGUACUGUCUAUUUUACUAUAACCUUGGCACAUUUUUGUGCUUUAUUUAUUUUAUAAACAUAAGUUCAUUAAUAGUACAAUGGCAACUCACUUUUACAUCAUAUUAUUUUAUAAUUCUUCUCUCUCUCUCUCUCUCUCUCUCUCUCUCUCUCUCUCUCUCUCUCCCUCCCUCUCCCUCCCCCCCCCCUCUUUCCCCUCUCCCCCCCUGCCUUGUCCCUAUACUUUCGCCCCUCUCUCCCCUCCACAUUCCCUUCAUUUGCAGCAGUUAGUGGCAAUUCAGUUCAUAACAUCAAGCAUUUUGUGAACUUUAUCUGGUUGUUUGCAAAAUUCUUAUCACAAAAUUGAAGGGCAUAGUUAAAAUUUGAUUUUAUUUCGUUUUCAUUAUUUGUAUGUUUGUGAAGAAGGAUAACAAACAUACUUUUUUGCAUAUUUUAGUUCAUGUUGUGUAAGAUUCAUCAUUGUAGCAAUUCACAUUUGUGUGGCUACUAACAUGUCAUAAGCAUUGGCAGUUUUUUCCCCACAAAAUCCCAUAAACUUUCUCUUGUGUUUCCAUCUUGGAGGAUACAUCCAAAUUUAUUAAACUAACUAUAUGAAAUUCAGAAACAUUUUUUUUAUACGUAAUCAUUGUGUGGGUGGGAAUAAAUUGUUUUUACUGAGUUUGAAGAACAUAUUGCAAAUACACAGUAAUUAUAGUUGUUCACUCUGCUGACUUAUGUGCCAACAUAAAGUUUCAUUACAGUCAAAUCCAGUGAGCUGGAGAGCUUAGGCUUGGGCACUUAAAAUCUCAAGUAUAGCCUUAACCUUUCAGUUUCUCAAACCUAAGAGACAUAUUAAUAUGAGGCCCAAACCUGCCAGACACUCUCAUCCUCGCAUGGAAACUAGGAUGUGCCACCAAGACCAUCAGUCAACAGAAAACUUGCUCUGGGUACUGACAUCUGCUAAGCAGUUCAAAUAUCUUGGCUACAGUACCAUCAGAGGUGUGAUGGAGGAGAAAACUAAGAAGACAUGCUAUUUAAGAGCUUGAAAUCUCCAACUUGAACUACAUCUGAUAGUUUGAAGGCCAAAGAUUUGCAUUAACUACAUUAAUAAGACUCAUUCUGAGUCACACUGGCAAGCUCAUCAUUUUCAUUCAGCACAAGCCUGGUAAUCACAUCCAUAAUAAACAAUUUGGGGACACCUCGAUUGAAUUCUCCAGCCCACCCGAAUACCCAGUGUCUCUCUCCACUUCAUCUGUUAAAUAAGGAAUUAUCCCUUCCAAAGUCUGAUAAGGAAUGUAUAAGCCAGGCUGUCAGCAAAUAUCAACACAGAUGAGGCUCAGAUAAAUGUGCAAGCAUUUCUACUAAACUGAGCAGUACCCUUCUGAUGUUUUAUCUGUCCCAACAAAAAUAAGGUUUAUGUACAAUGAAAAACUGGACUUGUAACUCAUUACUUCAAAAUACCUAUAGCAACAGAUAUUUGUCGUCUUGCUUGGCUCAAGAGCAGGACUGUUGAUGUAUUUGUCUGAAAAGGGCUGGCUCCCUAAUGGGCUUCACAAUAGCUAAAUUAAUGAAUUACUAUGCUUUAUCUGUAGUUUCCUUAGGUGAUUGACAAUAAUGACCCAGUUGAACUUAAAAGUGAAUGUGGAUUUUAUGAUUAUUGGUCCCUGCGUCAGACAUCAUAGGAGCUAGUCACUCACUCUCUGUUAGAUCAUAUAAUACAAUCCUAUGCAUGGGACUUUCUUACCAGCACCUGCUUUUAAGGGCUGGAUGGAAACCUGCACUGAACAUGUACGUGCUGCAUUAGCAUAUUUGUAGCAUUGCAACGAGUUAAUCCAAUCAGUAGAGCAUCCCCAAACCACAGGCUGCAGUGGUAUCAUGGGGCACUUUUCUCAAGGAUUUCUUAACCACUUGCAUGGUAGUAGUUACAGCAAAGUGAGAAAUCCGUAUCAGCUGCUAUUUAUGUGCCAAGUCGACCACCAAUGUCUCAAUUUCAGUGAAGAAGGUAAUAAAGACUUCUACUGACUCAGCAGUGUUUGACUGAUGUAGUACCUAUGACAAUACUGUGAUUAGUUCCACAUUGUAUAAUAAUGAUCUUUGCUACUACUUUGACCCACAGUGUCUACACGAGACAGGAAUUGGUUGAUAGGUGAUGUUGUUCCUCCCACACUCAACAGAGGUGACAAUAUUAUGCCAGUAUGCUGACUAGGGCGUUUUUGUCAGUAAAGCAUUCUAUCGAGUUACUUUCUCAUCGGGUUAUAUCUUUCUUUGGUACUAUUCAAAGUUAAUAAAAGGUCAUAUUGUGAUUGACUAAAUUAUCCAACUGCUUGUUACAUAAGUGUUGCCUGAAGAUCCACCUAUGGAUGUGCGCUAUGAACUGCACUUCAGAAUUGUCAGAAUCAGACUAGCACACAGUAUUCUGCUGUCUUCCAGUCAUUGCCUGCACUAAGCCCUCAUCAUGUUUCACAAUGUUAUCUAUUGUUAACAAAUACACCGUUACUGAAUAAUUAUGAAAAAUAGAGAAAUAGGCUUACUCAGUUACUUGCAGUUGCAAAUUGUCACAAGUUGCUAAAUUGUAUGUAAUUGUAAAUGUGUUUUUGUGUGCAGAAUUCCCAAAAGGAAAGGCAGUUCCUGCUCACAUAAUAAAUGUCACUCUGUGAGUUGUUUUUGAUUACCAUAUAAUGAUGUAAAUGUGAUCACAGAGCCUCCACUGCUUCUAACCCUCACCACGCAAUGCCUAACAACUGAAAGCUGAUAAAGUUGUUGCAUGGUGUCAGUUUAGAAAGUGAAAAAUAAAAAGUACAACACAAAUUCAAAGUAAUUCAUGAGGAUCUGACAAGCUUUCCUUGUUAUUUUGUGCCUCUUUUCCAUUAACCUUUUUGACUUUUGGGUUUGAGGGAGGGGUACUAUAUUUCACAAGGUUGAUUAGAAAGAGACGCUGUGUGCAGAUUUUCGAGAAGUUUUGCACAAUUUGAACCAGCUGUGUCUUGCUGAAAGCAAAUUUCAAGCAACAAGUGUCUUGCAGCAUUGUUUUUAUACAUCCAAGAGGUUUGUCAAUUUACUGAUCCUUCGCUUGUGUUUCAUUGGUUUUACUUUUUUAAGCAUUUUGGUGUCCUCCAGUACUAAUACUGUAUGAUGAUGUGAUUAUGUACAAACUGAAAUAAUAAUGGCAGUUGGGUGUGUAACAACUGUUUAGUGGAUGUUAUCAAAAAGACUUUGAAUACAAAUCAAAUGCUUGGAGUGUGUGUGGUGUGUGUGUGUGUGUGUGUGUGUGUGUGUGUGAGAGAGAGAGAGAGAGAGAGAGGGGGGGGGGGAGGCAAUGGGAACAGGUAUACCAAUUUUCAGUUUCUUCAUACUACCCAAGUGUGUCCACAUAAUGUCGACUGAUGAACCUUAUUUUUGCUUAAGGCUCUGCAAGACUUUUAUUUAUUAUGUUUUAACAUCACUGUGUGUGUGUGUGUGUGUGUGUGUGUUUAAGACUGCAGAUUCAUUUUUCAUUAUAAUUGUUGUUCCAGUCAUUAAGUUGUCAUUAUGGUGCGUGAUAUACACGAGUAAAGUAGUGACCUGUAUAGUGCCAGUACUUACUCAUAUGCUGUUAUCAUUGGAAGUCACCAAUGAAUCUGUGCAGAUUUUAUUGUUGUAUGUACAAAGUACAAGAUAAAAUAUAUUCAUAUUAUACCUUUUCAUAAAGCUUUACACUUUGCACAUUUAAUGAUGGAAAACUGUUAUUUUUGUAUAUUAUUCAUAUUAAUAUAAUAAUUCAGGUACAUUUGUUACACUGCAUAAUUUAUUCUGUGUCUUGUUUUGAAUAUUCUGUUUGACAUUCAGUGUAAAGCAGCUCUACUUCACAGCUUAUAAUGCUGUGCAAUAUUAGUUGUUUAGUCUCUAGCAAUGUAAAAUCACCAAAACUUUUAGACUGUACAUUCUUUCUCUUACAUACCAAUUAUGCUGAGAUGGAUGUAGUCCCAUCUGUUGUGUACCUGAGGUAUAAAAGAAUGACUUUGUAAGAGUGAAAUUGCUCGCUAAGUUUAGAUUUGUACUUUUGUAAAUUUGUGAGAAUACUUCUGUAUUAAAACAUAAUGUGGUACAGUUAGAAAUUUGUGUGAAAAACACUAUGCUCUGCAACAUGUGUUCAUUAGGGUAACUUUUUGCAUAAUUUUGUUAAAUAUAUAAGCAACAGACAGUUAAAUAUGUAUACAAAGUUACAGUGUCAUAGCCAGUAUUUAUUAAACUGUGUGUUCUUUCUUUCCUGUCUUUCUUUAUAAAUAAAAAUGUGAAACAUAGUUACUUUUUCAGCAUAGGUUCUGGA